AUGAUAACAGAGAUUGUAUUAAUUUUCAUUAUUGAUGGAAUUUUUUGCAAUGAUACCAAACAGAGACUUAUCACAUUGUUGAAAACUGAUCAAAAAUUUCAUGAUCAAUGGAUGCAUCUUGUUGAACUACAACAUAGACAAAUGUAUGAGCAAAAUAUUGGUAGUGCAUUGGGAGAAAUUACGGAUUUGGUAUUGAACUGUGCACCAAAGUUAGAUCCUAAAUUGGAUCAUGUAGAUUAUGUAUGUCCAGGUGAUAUACAAAUUUAUGCCGAAUUGGGACAAUUAACACAAUAUUGUAGAAACAAUAUUAUGGAAUUGAUUAAAGGUAGGAUAGAUUCAUGUCAUCAUGCCAGCUAUACCAGUUCAUUACCAUCAAUUGUUAAAUUUUUAAUGAAAUUUAUACGAAAUUUGACAAUUAUUGAAACAUCAAAUGCAGUAAAACUUGAAAAUCAAACGCAAUAUUUGGUGGAACAAUUUAUGAUACAUAGAAAUUGGCGAAAUAAGUGGAAAUUGAUUGUUAUUAUGCCUAAUAUAGAGGAUGGUGAACUGCAGGAACCUAAUCAAUCAGCAAUUGAAGUAAUGAAGGCAAUUAAAUUAUUAUACGAAGUGAUACCACAACGAACAAUUUUGAUUGUUGUACGAAGUUCCACUUUACAAUUAUGGCAAGAUGCAUCAAAAGCGCAUCGUGCAUGUCAAAUAUUACUAGAACCAUGGAAAGUUUAUGAAAAUCUAAAUUUGGAUUCCAUUUGGGAUCAAAUUGAAAAAAUUUGUGGAUUACAUUUUCAAAGUUCAUUAUUUACUGUACAAAUUUUACCGCUCAUGAAAGAUGCCUCAUUACCUUUCUUACCUGGUUCUAAUCAAAUUGAUUUAUCAUUGCUUGGCCAUGAUUGUGUACAUUUUUCACCGCGUGGUUUAUCUCUCCUUCAUAUAGCAAUAUGGAAUGCGAUAUUGACAAGAUUACCGGAUCGUUCGCAAACAUUCAAUUUCACCCUGGAACAACCAAUGUGCGCUGAUCCACAAUGUCCAUUCUUUCGUACAAAUAAGAAUAGUGCCUUCUGUGUUUGGAAUCAUCAAAAAAUAGAUAAAGAUGAACGUCGUUCGGAGCAACUCAUUGCAAUUAUUAUACUAAUUCUAACGAUGAUAUUAUUUGUUAUAAUUCUUGGUACCAUUUGCUGUAGUAGAAGAAAGGAUAAUAAAGUGAAUGAAUUAGCGGAAAAUUUUCCAAAGAAACCACCGGUAGGUGCUGAUUGGAUCUCAUGGAAAUAUAUAGAUGAAGAAAGCAUUGCAUCCGCGUGGGGGCAUAGCUCAGUGGCAGAGCAUUCGACUGCAGAUCGAGAGGUCCCCGGUUCAAAUCCGGGUGCCCCCUGUUUUCCAUCAAUUUAA